AUGGAUAAUAAUAAAAAUAAUAAUAAUAAUAAUAAUAAUAGUAAUAAUAAUAAUAUUGAAAAUAAUAAUAAUAAUAAUAAUAAUAAUAAUAAUAAUAAUAAUAAUAAUAAUAAUAAUAAUAAUAAUAAUAAUAAUAAUAAUUUUGAAAAUAAAAAAUCAUUAAAUGAUAGUGGUGGAGCACAAAGUAAAUCAUAUCAAUUAUAUUCAAGUUUAGAUUCAGCAUUAAAUUCUGGAUCACAAGAUGAUAGUGAAAAUAAUGAAAUUGAUCAAGAUUUAUUAGAUGGUAUUGAUGAUCUAUCAUCAUUUGAUGAGAAUGAUCCAGCAAUUUUAAAAGAUAUCGGUGACUAUGAUUUAAAAUCUUUGGAAUCCUAUGAACUUUCAUUGGAACAAAAAUUUACAUCAGAAUUGGAUGAAUCAUUCCGAUCAGAAUUAGAAGAAGCUGAAAAGAAAUAUGAACAAUCAUUAAGAAAAACUUUAACAUUAAAACAACAUCAUAAUUUUAAUAAUUAUCAUAAUCUAAAAAAUCAAUUCCCCUCAUCACCACCAGUAUCUUCCCCAUCAUCAAUCCCAAUUGGUACACCAUCCUCUUCCUCGUUCUCAUCAUCACCUCUAUCAUCAUCAACAUCAUCAUUUGUUUCUGAUGAUGACGAUGAUGACGAUGACGAUGAGAAUGAAGAAGAUGAAGAGCAUGAUCACAGAGAAGGCGAUGAAAAAGAAGAUGAUAAAAGUAAUAUUAUUACAGGUAGUGGAAAAAUAAUAAAUAAUAAAUUUAAAAAUAAAAUUAAAAAUAAUCAAGAUAAUAAUGAUAAUGAAAAUGAAAAUAGUGAUCAAAUUAAUAUUGAAGAUGAAUUAAAAGAGAAUAGAGAAACAUUAAAGAAUGCAAAGAAAACAAUUGCAUCAUUGAUUGAACAAAUAUCAGAUUACCAAACAUUAAUUGAAGAAGAGAAAGAGAGAGAAAAAGAAGAACUAAUUCAACAAUUCAAUCAAGAGAUUCAAGAAAUGUCUGAAAUUAUUGAUUAUUUAAAAUUAGAAAAACAAUCAAUAACUCAAACCAAUAUUAAAAAUUUAGAAACUUUAAUGAAAGAAAUUGAAAUCAUUGAAGAAACAAAUACAAAUUUAAAAGAAUCUUUAGAAAAAGAAAAACUUGAAAAUUUAAGAUCAAUGGAAACUAUAUUCAAUUUAAAACAAGAAAUUUUAAAAAAUCAAUUUAAUAAUGAUCAACAACAAAUAAUAUCUGAUGGUGCAAAUCAAAUUAAUGCUAAUACCCCACCACCAUCAUUCCUUUCACAAGCAUUAUUAGAAUUUAAAAUUGAAAAUGGUACAAUUUCAAAUAUUAAAUUAAUUCCUAAUAAUAAUAAUAGUAGUAUCAGCAACAAUACAAUUAAUAAUAAUUCAUCGUCAAUAUUUGAAAUUGAAAAUGAGAAUAAUCAAUUAAUGAAGAAAUUAAUUGAAGAAAAGGAAUUUAGAAAUGGAAUUGAAAAGGAAUUAAAAGAAGAGAAGCAAAGGAAUGAAACUUCAAAGAAUAGUAUUGAAGAAUUGGUUAAAAAUAUAAAAAGAUUAAUUAAAGAUCAUACUGGUGUAUUAAAGGAAUUAGAAGAAGAGAAAUCAAAAUUACAACAAAAAACUGAUGAAUUUAAUAAAUUAAAAAUUCAAUUAUCAAAUCAAUCAAAUAGUAAUAAUAAUAGUAAUUCAAAUUCACCAACAACUCAAUCUUCUAGACAUAAACUUUUACAUAGAACUAGUACAUCUUUUGAUAUUGGUAGACAAAAACAUAAUAGAUCUGGUACAUUUGGUGGUGACCUUAUUCAAAAAUCAACAAUUGUUGAUAAUGAAAAUGAUAAAAAAUCAACUACAACCACCACUACUACUUCUACUACAUCGACAUCAUUUGUUGCAUCAAGUAGUCCAUCAACAACAUCAGUUCAAUCACCAUUACCAUCAAGUCCAAGUUCAAAUGGUUUAUUAACAUCACCACCAAGAAAAGUAUCACUUUCAUUACCUCCUAAACCAAUUUUAAAAGUGUCAACACCUGUUAAAGAUAAUAAUAAUUCAACAACCCCUACCCCAACAACAAACAAACAAAAUAAUGUACAAAUUAAAACACCACCAGUAUCACCAAUUCCAUCAUUAUCUUCAUCAGCUGAAGAUGAAAAUUCUAAACAAAAAAAUGAAUCUUCAUCACCAUUAACAUCUCCAACAUCAUUAUCAUCUUCAUUAUCAGUUAGUACUGGUAGUAAUAAUAAUGAAGAAAAUAAUAAAAAACCCCAAGGAUCAUUAAGUUCAUCUACAGGUGGUGAUGCAUGUAGAUUAUUAAGAAGAGGUUCCGCAAUUUUAGAUUUAAGAAAUGAUACAGUUGGUAGAUCAAGUAGUAAUAAAAUACCAUUAUCUGUAUCUUCAAAUAAUAAUAAUAAUAAUAAUAAUAAUAAUAAUAAUAAUAAUAAUAAUAAUAAUAAUAAUAAUAAUUUUAAUAAUAAUAAUAAUUAUAAUAAUAAUAAUAAUAAUAACAAUAGUAAUAGUAGUAGUAAUAAUAAUAGUAAUAAUAUUAUUAAUAAUAGUAGUAAUAAUAGUAGUGGUAAUAAUAAUAAUGGUACACUCUCUUCAUUAUCUUCAGUAUCAACUACAUCUUCUUCUUCUUCAAUUUCAAAAUCAAAUUCUAUAUCAAAUAAUAAUAAAAAUAAUAAUACUAAUAAUAAUAAUAAUUAUAAUAAUAAUAAUAUAAAUAAUAAUAGUUGUUAUAAUACAAUGACAAUUAAUAAUAUUAAUGAUUAUAUGAUUAAAUGGUUAAAUGAAGAUCACAUUUCACCAUCACCAAUUCAAUGUAUGAUUGAAGUUAAUAAAAACGUUUGGAUUGGUUGUAGUGAUGGUUCAAUUAGAAUAAUUGAUAAAAUCACCCAUUUACCAGUUUCAUGUAAAAUGUCUCAAAAUCGUCAACAUAAUGGUGGAAUUUAUCAAAUGAUUUUAGUUGGUAAAACAGUUUGGAGUUGCAGUCGUGAUUCAAAAAUUAGAGUUUGGUCUUCAAAAUCUGGUAAAUUAUUAAAAGAAUUAGAUGGUCAUUCAAGUCAUGUAACUGCACUAUUAUUAGUAUCAAAUAAUAAUAAUAAUAAUAAUAACAAUAAUAAUAACAGUAUUAAUAAUAAUGCAACAGUACAAGGUAGUACAAUAAUACAACCAACAGUUUGGAGUGUUUCAGCUGAUAUGACAAUUAGGAUUUGGAGUUUAUCAUCAUAUAAAUGUAUUAAGAAAAUUGAAACUAAAAAUUAUUUAGUAUCAAUGGUUUGUUUUGGUAAUGAAGUUUGGAUUGGUACUGAAUCGACUAUAUUGAGAUGGAACUGUUCAACUUUUGAACAAAUUGGUAUAUUAAGUGGUCAUAAGAAAAUGAUACAUUGUUUAAUUGUGGUCAAACAAUAUGUUUGGUCAUGUAGUAGUGAUAAUUUAAUUUGUGUUUGGGAUCCUGUAAAUGGGAAAUGUAUAAAACAAUUUAAAGAUCAUUCAUCUCGAGUUUUCUAUUUAUUAAAUGUUGGUUCACAUGUUUGGUCUUGUGAUUGGGGUAAAAAUAUUAUAAUUCAUGAUGUAAAUGAUUUGGAAUUGGUUAAAGAAAUUGACCCAAUUCAUAGAGAUGCUCUAAGUUGUCUAAUCACUAUUAAACUACCAGAUGGUACUCGUCAAAUUUGGAGUGGUUCUUGGGAUAAUUCAAUCAUAAUUUGGAAACCAUCCUCAUUAUCAAAACAAGAACAACAACAAUUAAUUGAAAAACAAUAUGCUGAACUUCAAGCACAGCAAUUACAACAACAAUUACAACAACAAUUAUUAUUAAAUCAAUCACAAGAUAAUUAUUUAGCAUCAGAUUAUCCAUUAAUUGAUGAAAUGGAGAAUAAUAAUAAUAUAAAUUCAAAUAAUAGACAUAGAAAAUCAAAUAGUAGUCAUUCAUUACAAACCACACCAAAAACAUCAACACCUAAUCUUCAUAAUACAUUAGCAGCAGUUGGUGGUAGUAAUAAUAAUAAUAAUAACAAUGGUGAAAAACAACAUAAAAGAAGUACUGUUCGUUUAUCAUCUCUAUUUAAAAAAGAAUCAUCUUCACCAAAUGUUAUUCAUAAUUUAGCAUCUAGUAGUGGUAUGGUUGGUAGUAAAAGUGAUCCUGGUAUUAUAAAUAUAAAUAAUAAUCAUAAUAAUCAUAAUCAUAAUAAUGAAUCUGACGAAUAUUUAAUUUAUUUAAAUAAUCAUAAACAUCAACUCGAAAAAAUUAUUUCAAAUCAAUUAAAUCCAGUUUGUUCAAUAUGUCAAUUAAAAAUAAAAGCAAAAAAGACAAUAUAUCAAUGUCGUUUAUGUGCAAAUUGUAUUCAUUUGGAAUGUGGUGAUAAAAGUAGUCAAGAAACUGGUGGUAGGGGUGGUCUUAUUUGUUCUGCGACUUUAAACAGAUAA